CGUCGCAUUGUUUGGGGUCCUCACUGGAUGCUCGGCGCCAGUCUCCCCGGCAGUCGUAGCAGAAGUAAAUACGAGUGAAAUUUGGUGAAAUAUUAAGUGAAAUCGAGUUUAUAAGGAACUUUUGGAUCCUCCGUCGUCCAACAAUGAAUCUGGAACUGCUCGAAUCGUUCGGGCAGAACUAUCCAGAGGAGGCAGAUGGCACUCUGGACUGUAUCAGCAUGGCCCUUACCUGCACCUUCAACCGCUGGGGCACCCUGCUGGCUGUGGGCUGCAACGAUGGUCGAAUCGUCAUCUGGGACUUCCUCACACGGGGCAUCGCCAAAAUCAUCAGUGCACACAUCCACCCAGUCUGCUCUUUAUGUUGGAGUCGAGACGGUCACAAGCUGGUGAGUGCCUCCACAGACAACAUUGUCUCGCAGUGGGACGUCCUGACUGGAGACUGUGACCAGAGGUUUCGCUUCCCCUCACCCAUCCUGAAACUGCAGUGCCAUCCCAGAGACAUGGACAAGGUGUUGGUGUGUCCCAUGAAGUCAGCCCCGGUCCUGUUGACUCUGUCAGACUCCAAACACGUCGUCCUGCCUGUGGACGAUGAUUCAGACCUGAAUGUGGUGGCGGCCUUUGACAGACGGGGCGAAUACAUCUACACUGGAAACGCCAAAGGAAAGAUUCUCGUGUUGAACACAAACACUCAGGAGCUGGUGGCUUCCUUCAGAGUGACCACUGGCACCAGCAACACCACCGCCAUCAAAUCCAUCGAAUUUGCACGCAAGGGCAGUUGCUUCCUUAUAAACACAGCCGACCGGAUCAUCAGGGUGUACGACGGCAGGGAGAUACUGACCUGCGGCAGAGACGGUGAGCCGGAACCCAUGCAGAAACUACAGGACCUGGUCAACAGGACUCCGUGGAAGCGCUGCUGUUUCUCCGGGGACGGCGAGUACAUUGUGGCUGGUUCAGCCAGGCAGCACGCUCUCUACAUCUGGGAGAAGAGCAUCGGAAACCUGGUGAAGAUCCUGCAUGGAACCAGAGGAGAGCUGCUGCUGGAUGUCGCUUGGCAUCCUGUUCGUCCAAUUAUCGCCUCCAUCUCCAGUGGAGUGGUGUCCAUCUGGGCUCAGAACCAAGUGGAAAACUGGAGCGCUUUUGCUCCAGACUUCAAAGAACUGGAUGAGAACGUGGAGUACGAGGAGAGAGAGUCUGAAUUUGACAUCGAGGACGAAGACAAGAGUGAACCUGAGCAGACAGGUGCAGACGCUGCCGAGGAUGAAGAGGUGGAUGUCACCACUGUUGAUCCCAUAGUCGCUUUUUGCAGCAGUGAUGAGGAGCUGGAGGACUACAAAGCCCUGCUGUACCUGCCCAUCGCCCCAGAGGUCGAGGACCCAGAGGAAAACCCCUUCGGCCCCCCGCCUGACGCCUCGGUUCAGACCGCCACUCCAGAGGAAGCGUUGGCAGGCGGCGACAAGAAGCAGCGGCAGCCUUCAUCUGAAGGAGGCCCGGCCAAGAAAAAGGCCCGCACCACCACCAUCGAGCUGCAGGGGGUGCCCAGUGACGAGGUGCACCCCCUACUGGGUGUGAAGGGGGAUGGCAAGUCCAAGAAGAAGACAGCAGGCCGCCCCAAAGGCUCCAAAGGUAAAGACAAAGACUUCCCCUUCAGGCCCAAGCCCUACAGGGGCGAACGGCCCUCCUUCCCCGUGGAGGCCCUGGGCAGCUCUGGCCUGGGAGGAGGAGGAGGAGGAGGAGGGAUGAAGGGCAGGGCAGAGGGGGGCCUGGCCACAGGGAGUCUGGUGUCACAGUCGUACAAACAGCAUGACAUCGGAGGGAUGGACUGAUCACUGCUGUGUACGGUUAUUUCACGAGCACCGACAGGCUCAAACAAAGAGACACAAAGCUUGAUGUCAUGUACAGACUUUUUGAGUGAGCAGCCUGUUCGGUGGCGCAGACUUGUUUCCUCUCCCAACCAGAGCAAAAAGCAUCAUCACGGGGAGCCUCUUCCGCCCGGAUCACUGACAGGAGUCGACAAAGAGAGCUUGAAGCCGCCGAGUCGUCACAGUAGAGAUCACAUGCCCUCGUUAGGAUUCAUCAUGUAUAGAACGCCCGCGUCCUGAUAGUGUAUGUGUCGUCUUUCUUGUUGUUUUUAUACGUAUUAAAACAUUUUGAUUUAUAAGUAA